AUGGUUAAUGGUAAACAAACUUGGCUUGCUGUCUUCGAUGGAGGCAGGAACCCGAAGCUCAGCUUGAGCUCAGAGUUCAACCCCCCAUUACGGCACUACAUAGAGGGAAGUCGAAGAGCACACAACAUAGAGCUGAGAGGAGCUGUGGUUAUUUUUGAUGAGGCUCAUAAUGUUGAGAAGAUGUGUGAAGAGUCCACCUCGUUUGACCUCACCCCUUACGACCUGAUUUCUGCCAUUGAGGCCGUGGAUCGACUGCUGCGGGAACAAGCCUCAGACAUCAGCAAAGCAGAUUCUGCUGAAGAUUUUAAUGUGGAAUCGCUGAACUCUGGAUUGAAACUGGAUAUUACCACAAUUGCAAAAAUAAAACAAGUUUUGAUGGAUCUGGAAUCUUCCAUUAACGGUUUUGAGAUGCCAGCAAAUAGUCAAGGAAUCACCAAACCCGGCAGUUUCAUAUAUGAGCUUUUUCAAACAGCUCAUGUGAACUCUGAUACUAAAACAGCUGUGGUGGAAGCCAUGGAACAGGUCACAGGAUAUUUAGCAGGGAGGCCUGGUGUCUUUCUGAACACUAGUGGACUACAGAAAGUGGCGGAUAUAAUCCAGCUGGUGUUUGGGGCUGAACCUCCAGAGGGCAGCAAGAAAUCACAGAUGGGAAACAGCAUGAAGGAGUUUAAGGUCCACAUUCAUCCAGACACCAGCAACUUCAAGAAGAAACAGGUGACGGAUGUAUGGGCUUCCUCCUCUACCAAAAAACAAGGGAAUGUGCUGAGCUACUGGUGUUUUUCUCCGGGGUUCAGCAUGCAGGAGUUGCUCAGACAGGGAGUACGCAGCAUCAUUCUGACCAGUGGAACUCUCUCGCCGCUCUCAUCCUUCACCUGUGAAAUGCAAAUUCCUUUCCCUGUAUCCUUGGAGAAUCCUCACGUCAUCCAGCGUGAUCAGAUCUUCGUCAGUAUCAUUGAAAAAGGUCCAGACGGCGUGCAGUUGAGCACAGCCUUUGACAGGAGGUUCGUUCCUGAAAACAUGUCGUCCAUGGGAAACACUCUGGUCAAUCUGGCACGGGUGGUGCCUCAUGGACUGCUGGUGUUCUUCCCCUCGUAUCCGGUGAUGGAUAAGACUCUGGAGUUCUGGAGGGCUAAUGGACAUGCCGAUCGCAUUGAGCAUGUGAAGCCCAUGUUUGUAGAACCGAGGGGUAAAGGCACUUUUACAGAGGUGAUUCAUGGUUAUUAUGACAAGGUGAACGACCCAAACUCCAGCGGAGGCAGCUUCUUCGCCGUAUGCAGAGGAAAGGCAAGCGAAGGGUUGGAUUUUGCAGACACGUACGGUCGAGGGGUUGUGAUCACUGGGCUUCCCUUUCCCCCCAGGAUGGACCCCAGAGUGGUGCUAAAAAUGCAGUAUCUGGACGAGAUGUGCAAGAAAAAAAUUAGUGGAGUGAAGUAUCUGUCUGGACAGGAGUGGUACAGACAGCAGGCCUCUCGAGCCGUCAAUCAAGCCAUUGGCAGAGUGAUCCGGCACAGAGAAGACUACGGAGCUAUUUUCCUCUGUGAUCACAGGUUCAAAGGCACCGAAGCCCGUAAUCAGCUUCCUUCGUGGGUGAGGCCGUAUGUUAAGAUUUAUGAUGGCUUUGGUACCAUGGUCCGUGAUGCGGCUCAUUUCUUUCGGAUGGCGCAAAAAACUAGACCAGUUCCUGUUAGGAAAGAAAAAGAGGCCUGUAAAAAUCAGGCAGACACCAGGCCGCUCAACACAGGCUCCAGCUGUCCUGCUAAGAGUGUCUGGCUCAGUGACACCUCUCAAAAGGCCAAAACACUAGACUCACACGUCCCUAGCCUAAAGAGGAGAAAAUUAGAGUCAGAAGAGCAUUCUGGUCGGGAUGGAGCGGCCAGACUUUGCAUUCAAUAUGAGAUGGAGAUGACAAGUAUAAGGAAACCAGUCAGCCUGCUGGAUGCCCUGGAUGACACAACCAACAAAGGAGGGAGGGAAGACACCAUGGCUGGGGAAGAAAGAGCGAGUCUCUUGUCGACUCUUUCCCUCCAGCAUGACAAACGUCUGGAUGAUGAAUCGAGGGGUGGGAAACGGAAAAUUAAAGUGGUUCAAGAGCGGAAAACAGUGGCUUCCUGUACUGCAAAAACAGGCAAAGAUUUCAUGAUGGAACUGAGACGAUGUCUGAGUCACGAGAACUUCAAGCUCAUCAUGGAGGCGCUGCAGUCCUACAAGACAACCGAUGACCUGAGUGACCUUCUUGCUAAUGUGACUGAACCGCUCAUACAAGACCACAACACACACUGUCUGCUCAGAGGUCUUUAUCAGUUUAUUCGACCACACCAUAAGAAAGAGUUCGAUGAGCGUUGUUUGGAGUUAACAGGUGAAGGCUGUGGCUAUAAACAAGAGCAUUCGCUGUCCAGAGAGGAGCGAGAGGCUCUCAGGCAGAACACGGCAAAAAGUAAGAUGUCACCUGUGAAUCCACCCAGUGAGCAGCUGAAUUCGAGUCAACAGCUGAACCAAGGUGGUUCUCACCUGGUCAAUGGUGGGGAUAGUAAAAUUGAAGUGAAUGUGAGAAGUGAAGUCCAGAAGCCACAAACAUCCAUCAAAGAAGGUCUUUCGUGCUCCUCUCUGCUGUCAGACAUUAAACAGGCCAUCGGUGCAGAAAAAACCCGUCAGAUGUUUUUGGCCUUGCAGGCCUAUAAAACAUCAAACAAUUAUGAACAGAUGGUGUCAACUGUUGUGAGUUUAUUGACUGAGAGAGAUGAAGACAUCGCUCUACUAGAACGGUUGUCUGUGCUCAUUCAACCACAGCACAGGAAGCAGUUCGGUGAGCUGUUAAAAUCCUUGACCGGAAAUGAUUCUGUUGCGAACCAGGAUUCAGACAUGGGAUCAAGUCAACUAAAUCAAGCAUCUCAGUUAUCUGCAGGAAAGACUCAAAGCAAGAUAUCAUCCUUCUUUUCAUGAAUGCUGCUCUAAUAUAUUGCUCCAAGCUGCUCUAAGAUAUCAGUAUCUUCAUUUUUUUUUUUUGCAUAUACCAUGCAUGAAGA